CAGGGGUAAGCUUAAAUAGUACUGGAAUCAAACACUCUUCUGCCACUUGUUCGGGAGCUCAGCCGGCUGUUAUCACGUCAGACGUCAGUGUCAAGUUCAUCAAUUUCCUUCAUCAUGUCACCGUCUUGGUUUUCUUGCGUCCAGCUCGGCCCUCCUAUUGAAGUCUUCGCUCUGAAUAAGUCAUAUUUAGAUGACAAUCAUCCGAAGAAAGUAAACCUUGGUGUUGGAGCUUAUCGCACUAAUGAAGGAAAACCAUGGGUUUUGCCCGUUGUCCGGAAAACUGAACAGCAAAUGGCAGCUAAUGAAGAGUUGAACCAUGAAUACUUACCUGUCCUUGGGUUGGACACUUUUACAUCAGCAGCUACUAAAAUGCUCCUUGGCUCUGACAGUCCAGCUUGGACCGAGGGGAGGGCAUUUGGAAUUCAAUCAUUGAGUGGUACAGGAGCACUGAAGAUUGGUGCCGACUUUCUUCAUAAGCACCUGAAGCUGACAACUUUCUAUUACUCAACUCCAACAUGGGAGAACCAUGGACUCAUUUUUACCAAUGCUGGGUUCACUGAGCCCCGCCAGUAUCGAUACUGGAAUCCUGCAACAAAGAGUAUUGAUUUUGAUGGCAUGCUAGAAGAUUUAAGAAAUGCUCCCAAGGGAUCAGUCAUCAUUCUGCAUGCAUGUGCCCACAAUCCUACUGGCUGCGAUCCUACUCCUGAACAAUGGAAGCAGAUUGCCGAUGUUGUAGAGGAAAAGGGCUUAUUCCCCUUCUUUGAUUCAGCUUACCAAGGUUUUGCUUCUGGAGACCUUGUCAGGGAUGCCCAUGCUGUCCGCUACUUUGUACAGCGAGGCUUUGAGCUGUUCUGCUCUCAAUCAUUUGCGAAGAAUUUUGGACUUUACAAUGAGAGGGUUGGUAACUUGACUGUUGUCAUGAAGAGCCAGCAGUGUAUUCCUGAAGUGAAAUCACAGAUAACUUUGCUUAUCCGAGGAAACUACUCAAACCCUCCCAACCAUGGAGCACGGAUUGUUUCAUCUGUUCUUAACGAUGAUAAGCUGUACAAAGAAUGGGAGGACGCUAUCAAAACUAUGUCAAGCAGAAUCCUAAGCAUGCGUCAAGGUUUGAAAGAAAGAUUGCAGAAGCUGCAAACUCCAGGGAAUUGGGACCACAUUACUAACCAGAUAGGAAUGUUUUCGUAUACAGGCCUUUCAGAACCUCAAGUGGCUCAUAUGGUGAAAGAGCAUCACGUUUAUUUACUGAAGUCUGGACGAAUCAACAUUGCUGGACUGACAACAAACAACAUUGACCAUGUUGCCAAUGCCAUCCAUGACAGUGUGACCAAGAUACCUGCAUAGAAGAUUCUUACAUUUUAUAAUUUCAAAGCCGAACAGUUUUUUAUACUUGCCCUGUAACAUACUUGGAAAGUCAGUACCUCCGGAAUUUAUUGUGGAAGCUUAAAAUUUACUGUGCAAUGACAAUAUAACAUGCAUAAGUAGUGGCUUCUAGAAAAGUAUUGUAUUGCAAUUUAGUAAUAUCUUCAUGGCAGGAUCAUGAUUUUAAUUUGUGCAUUUUAAUUAUUCAAAUUGCAUUUUAUUUGUAUUAGCAUUUAUUAAAUGCCAAUGAAUUUCCUAGUCAGCAUCAUUCCAUGUAGGCUUGUCUUGCAACCAUGUUUGAGAUUAAAUUUAAUAUUCCAAAAUGAGGAGUUUGUUACAA